GCUGGGCGGGGACCGGGCUUGUCGCCGCCGCCAUGAUCCUGCUGGAGGUGAACAACCGCAUCAUCGAGGAGACGCUCGCACUCAAGUUCGAGAACGCGGCCGCCGGUAACAAACCAGAAGCAGUAGAAGUAACAUUUGCGGAUUUCGAUGGAGUCCUCUAUCAUAGUUCAAAUCCUAAUGGAGACAAAACAAAAGUGAUGGUCAGUAUUUCUUUGAAAUUCUACAAGGAACUUCAGGCACAUGGUGCUGAUGAGUUAUUAAAGAGGGUGUACGGGAGUUUCUUGGUAAAUCCCGAAUCAGGGUACAAUGUCUCGUUGCUAUAUGAUCUUGAAAAUCUGCCGGCAUCCAAGGAUUCCAUUGUGCAUCAGGCUGGCAUGUUGAAACGAAAUUGUUUUGCCUCUGUCUUUGAGAAAUAUUUCCAAUUCCAAGAAGAGGGCAAGGAAGGCGAGAACAGGGCAGUUAUCCAUUAUAGGGAUGAUGAGACCAUGUACGUUGAAUCUAAAAAGGACAGAGUCACAGUAGUCUUCAGCACAGUGUUUAAGGAUGAUGACGAUGUGGUCAUUGGAAAAGUGUUCAUGCAGGAGUUCAAAGAAGGCCGCAGAGCCAGCCACACAGCCCCACAGGUCCUCUUUAGCCACAGGGAGCCUCCUCUGGAGCUGAAAGACACCGACGCUGCCGUGGGUGACAACACUGGCUACAUUACCUUCGUGCUAUUCCCUCGCCACACCAAUGCCAGUGCUCGAGACAACACCAUCAACCUGAUCCACACUUUCCGGGACUAUCUGCACUACCACAUCAAGUGCUCUAAGGCCUAUAUUCACACACGUAUGCGGGCAAAAACAUGUGACUUCCUCAAGGUGCUGAACCGUGCACGUCCAGAUGCCGAGAAAAAAGAAAUGAAAACAAUCACGGGGAAGACGUUUUCAUCCCGCUAACUCUGGGGAACAGGAAGAGGAGGCAGCGGGCAGCUGAAGGCUGGAACGCUUGCUACUGGAUAAUCGUAGCUUUUCGUGUUGCACCUCUUCAGGUUCUUAAGGGAUUCUCCGUUUUGGUUCCAUUUUGUACACGUUUGGAAAAUAAUCUGCAGAAACGAGCUGUGCUUUCAAGGACUUCAUAGUUCUCAAGAAUUAAAAAAAAA